AUGCGUGAUUCCCAUGGGAUUUCCGUUAUUACUAUUCUCGUUGCAAGCCUGAAUCAGGCACUUCAAUCAACAACUGAGGCUUCUAACGAAAUGCUCGUUUACCUUUCCACUGUUGGUCUGGACACUAUCAAGCAAAUCCCAAUACAAUUCAGAUUUGGUAAACAUCAUGUUGCGGCUGCAUGUUAUCCUAUGCUGUACAGUGCAGUGCAUAUCAUAGACCUUCCAAAGGAUUCGGUUUCUACAUGGAUACUCUGCUUCUUCACGCAAGAUCUCGCUAUUUAUCUCGGUCAUCGUGCAGUACACGAAGCUGGUGUGCUCUGGUCCGUUCAUGAGAUUCAUCAUACCUCUGAGUACUAUAAUCUUAGCACCGCUCUUCGUUUGUCAAUAAAUCAGGUUUUUUAG